ACUACAAGAAAUAAUGGGAGGAAAAAAAAGAAGAAAAACGAGACACCCACAUGACCAAAAGCUCUCAAACCAGUCCGAAAGUGAGAACAAGACUAAUCCAUAUCUAUUUAACAAAGAGGUAGAGCUGAUUCUCAGAGGCAGAGAUGGCAAUUUCAUCACUCUCACUCAGCUUGGCCUCAACAACUCUAUCUAAUGGGUCAUUCAUAAAUUUUCAGAUAAAUGUACCUCGGCCUAGUGCAUUUUCUUCACAUAAUAUUGUCACUUGCUCAAGAGACAAAACCUUCAAUGAAGAAAGAAGUUGCAAUAGAAGGCCAUUACUGUUCGGAGUAGGGGCAUUAGCUUUGAGUUUAUUCCCGGCAAAUUCCAUUUUUGCUGAAGAAAUGCCGAAGAACUAUGCAGCUUUUGUUGACUCAUCAGAUGGCUACUCAUACUAUUACCCCUCAGAUUGGAGGGAAUUUGAUUUCAGAGGUCACGAUUCGGCAUUUAAGGACCGAUAUUUGCAGUUACAAAAUGUUAGACUGAGCUUCCUCCCAACUGAUAAGAAGGACAUACAUGAUUUAGGUCCAAUGGAAGAGGUUGUUUUGAAUUUGGUGAGACAUAUUUACUCUGCACCAACUCAGAGAGCAACUGUAUUUGAUAUGCAGGAGAAAACCAUUGAUGGGAAAAACUACUACACCUUUGAGUAUGUGCUGACAUCUCCGAACUUUGCGCGAGCAGCAUUUGCUACCAUAGCAAUUGGAAAUGGGAGAUACUACACGCUAAUCGUGGGUGCAAACGAAAGGCGGUGGAGAAGAGUCCGCAACAAGCUCAAAGUGGUGGCAGACUCCUUCAAGGUGCUUGACAUCUGAUAUGCUAAUAUUGCUGCUGCAUAAGUUGCAGAAUCUCUCACGUCAAAGUUGUGAUCUCUCUUUUUCUCGGGAAACAAACAGUCACUGAAUUUUGUAUAUAACCACAGCUUAUCCAUCUAAAACACUAGACACCAUAUUGGUUGAUGGAUCUGAAACCACUCAUUGAUUUGUGAAUUAUGAAGCUGUAAUGCUAAGAAGGCAUGCAUUGUAUGCUAGUAGUAGCUUCAGCUAAUGAAAAAUCCAAGGAACGGUCAUGAAACA